AUGUCGGCUCACUCAGCAGCGACAACGCUGCCCGAAGCGGCCGGGUAUGGCGUCGUCAUCGGGGUCGGCUUCUUCUUCGCCUUCGUCAUGAUGGGCAUUUCCUACAUCCAAAACCGCUACACGAGCUUCUCGACCAAGCAGAGCGAGGAGUUCAACACGGCGAGCCGGAGCGUGAAGCCCGGGCUCAUCGCCAGCGGCAUCGUGUCGGCCUGGACGUGGGCCGCCACGCUGCUCCAGAGCAGCACCGUGGCAUACACCUACGGCGUCGCCGGGCCGUUCUGGUAUGCCGCCGGGGCUACCGUGCAGAUCCUGAUGUUCUCCAUUCUCGCGUGCAAAGUCAAGCAGAAUGCUCCGCGCUGCCACACCUUCCUCGAGAUCAUCUACACGCGCUACGGCACAGGCACGCACAUCAUCUUCGUCUUCUUCGCCCUGGUCACCAACAUCCUGGUCGGCAGCCAGCUGCUGCUCGGCGGCAGUGCGGUCGUGACCAAUUUAACCGGCAUGAAUGUCUACUCCGCCAUCUUCCUGAUCCCGACCGGAGUCUGCGCCUACGUCGUGCUGGGCGGCCUGAGAGCCACCUUCCUCUGCGACUACUCGCACACGCUGAUCCUGAUGAUCAUCAUCCUCUACUUCAUGUUCCACGCCUACGCCACGAGCGACCUCAUCGGCUCGCCCUCGCGCAUGUUCGACCUCCUCCAGCAAGCCGCCGUCGACCGGCCGAUCGCAGGCAACAAGAACGGCAGCUACCUCACGCUCAAAUCCAACUUCGCCCUCGUCUUCGGCGUCAUCCAGCUCUGCAGCGGCUCGGGCACCGUCUUCCUCGACCAGGCCUACUGGCAGCGCGCCAUCGCCUCGCGGCCCACGACGGCGGUGCGCGCCUACCUCCUCGGCGGGCUCGCCUGGUUCGCCAUCCCCUUCGGCUUCUCCACCACCCUCGGCCUCGCCGCCGCCGCCCUCGUCCCCUCCCCGCGCUUCCCCACCUACCCGGCCGCGCCGUCGGACCCGCAAAUCUCGGCCGGCCUCGCCGCCGCCUUCGCCGCCUCCGCCCUGCUCGGCACCGCCGGCGCCGCCGCCCUCCUCGUCGUCCUCUUCAUGGCCGUCACCUCGUGCGCCAGCGCCGAGCUCAUCGCCGUCUCCUCCAUCCUCACCUUCGACGUCUACAAGACGUACGUCAACGCCCGCGCCACCCCCGCCCGCCUCAUCGCCGUCUCCCACGCCAUGAUCUGCGCCUUCGGCGCCGCCAUGGCCGCCUUCGCCUGCGCCUGGCACGGCGCCGGCAUCGACCUCGGCUGGCUCUUCCUCGUCAUGGGCCUCGUCGUCGGCGGCGCCGUCUUCCCCGCCGCCUUUUCCGUCACGUGGCGCGCGCAGACGCGGCGUGGGGCCACGGCGGGCCCGUUGGCGGGGCUGGCCGUCGGCGUGGCGGCGUGGUUGGGGACGGCGAGGGGCCUGUACGGCGCGCUGAGCGUGGAGGCGACGGGGAGGGAGUAUCCGACGUUGGCGGGGAACCUGGGCGCGGUGGGGACGGGGCUGGUGGUGAGCGUGGUGGUGAGUUGGGCGUGGCCGGAUGAGGUGCCGUUUGAUUGGGAGAGGACGAGGGGGAUUAAUGCUGCUGUGGUGGGGGGUGUGGCUGUGGGGGAGGUGGGGGAGGAGGGGGAGGAGGGGGAGAGCUCGGGCACUGCGACGCCGGCUACUGCUGCCGCGGCGGCAAAGGGGGAGGAGGAAGUGAAGGGGGAUUCGAGGGAACGGAUAUCUUCUGGAGACGGGGGACGUAAGAAGGACGUCGAGGCCAGGGAGGAGGGGCUCGCCGCCGCUGCUGCACCGGUCGUUGAUGCGGCGGCCGGGAAGGUGGAUGACGUGUACAUCGGGGAGCCGCCGGCGCCGGUGGACGACGAUGCCAAGUCGCUGCGGGGCGCUUUCCGGGUCGCGUGCGUGGCGUCGUUCGUGCUGACGUUCAUCAUGGACUUCCUCGUGCCCAUGCCCAUGUUCUUCGCCGAGUACGAGUUCUCCAGGCCCUUCUUCACCGCCUGGGUCGUCGUCAGCUUCAUCUGGGUCUUCGCCAGCACCGCCAUCUCGUGCGUGCUGCCCAUCGUCGAGACGGCGGGCUUCUUUGGCGAGCUGUGGGGGAACGUCAUGGCGGAUCUGCGGGGGAAGAGAGUUGGUUGA